AUGAAAUUAGGAUAAGAUAUCUAGAAACUUAAUUAAGAAUUAGAAAAUAAAGAAUACUAUGCUAAAUCAAUUGAUUUCAUGAAAUCUUUUUUUGAUGAUUAUAAGUAAAGUAUGAUUUAAUUUUAUCAUGGAAUUAGGAAAGGUUUUAAACACUGAUUACAAAUAGGGAGAACCAAAAGUUUUUUAUGAUAAAAUACUUUAAACCUAUUAAUAAAUUAUAUUUUCAUAUACCUAUAAAGGUUUGAUAAAAUUAAAAAUAUAUUUAGGUGUCUCUUUAGAUUAUUUAUCAAAAUAUAAAGAUGCUAUAGCUUGUUAUGAUAAAGCUCUAUAAUUGAACCCUUCAUAUCUUAUUUCAAUAAUUUAUAAAGGUUACUAAAAUUAAUUAAAUUAGGAAUUUCUUUAUCUUAACUUGGAUUAUAUGAAGAGUCUCUUCAAUGUUUUAACUAAGCUAUAACACUUAAUAAAAAUGACACAGAAGCAUAUUAUAGAAAAGGUAAGAGAAAUAUUAAAUAAAGGAAUUUUAUUAAAUUGUUUAAACAAAUCAGAAGAAGCUCUAGCAUCUUAUGAUAAAGUUUUAAAAUUAAACGAAUAAUCAUUUUAGAAGAAUGAACGUACUUCAUUAUUUUUCAACAAUUUUAGGUAAUUUUUUAUAGAUUAAUCAUGAAAUCUAAAAGGAAUAUGAAAAUACAAUCAAUUCUUAUAAUUAAAAUCUUAAAUAAGAUCCAGAAAAUGCCUAGACUUAUAUUAAUAAAGGUAAAAUUGAAUUCUGCUAAUUUUUAGGAGUUUUAUUAGUUUAAUUAGAACGAUAUGAAGAGGCUUUGGCUUGUUAUAAUUAAGCUAUCAAAUUGAAUCAAAAAAAUUUAGAUGCAUAAAUUGGAAAAGGCAUUAUAAAUAAUUUAUGUUAUAUUAGGAAUUUCUUUACAUUAUAUUUAAAAAUAUGAAUAAGCAUUAGAAUGUUUUGAUAAAGCUUUAAAAAUAAGUAAUAGAGAGAUAAAAAUAUUUGUUAACAAAGGUUUAAAUAAUAUACUAAAUUUUUAGGAAUCUCAUUAACUUAAUUAUGUAGAUACUAAGAGUCAAUAGAUUGUUAUGAUAAGGCUAUAUAAUUGAGUAAAGAGUAACUUUAUUUUUUUAUUAAUAAAGGUAUUAAAUUUGUAAGAUUAACUUUAGAGAUUUAAUUAUAAGAUAUAAUCAUAUUUAGAAAUGCAAUAAGAAAUAAUAAUGAUGGUAUUAUUUUGUAACUUAGUAGAAUUAAAUGACAAAUAAAAGUAAUUGAAUUAAUUUGAUAAAUCAAUUAUUUAUAUGGAUUAAAAUAGAAACUUUUAUACUGAAAAUGAGAAAGUUUACUUUAAAAAAGGUAAUAAUUGUUCUUAGUUUUUUUAUCACAAGGUGUUUUACUAAAUUAAUUAGAUAGAUAUGAAGAGGCAAUUUUUUAAUUUGAUUAGGCUAUUUAAAUAAAUACUUAUGAUUCUGAAACUCACGUUUAAAAAGGUUUAUUUAUGUAUAAAUUUAUAAGGAAUAACUUUAUGUCACUUAAAAAGAUUUGAGGAUGCUAUUGUUUGCUUUGAUUAAGCUUUAAAAUUAAACUCAAAGGAUUAAAAAAUUUAUUUAAAUAAAGGUAAAAUUAAUUUAAUUUUAAAUUAAAAGGAAUUGCUUUAAAUUAAUUAGACUAAUAUGAAGAAGCUAUAAUUUGUUUUGACGAAGCAAUAAAAUAAAACAAAUGUAGUUUUGAAUUAUAUUAUAACAAAGGUAAAUUUGAAUAUUAAAUUAGGUGUCUCUUUACAAUAUCAAGCACAAUUUAAGAAAGCUAUUAUUUGCUAUGAUUAAGCACUUUAACUUAAUUGUUAACAUGCUGAAUCAUAUAUUAAUAAAGGUGGAUUUUUAAUUUAUAAUAUAGGUUUUUCUUUACUUAUGUUAAAAUAAUAUGUUGAAGCAAUCAUAUAAUAUAAUUAUGCUAUUAUUUUAAACCCUACAAAUUCAGAAAUUCAUAAUUGGAAAGGUAUUGAUGAAUUUAUUAACAUUUUAAUUAGGAUACGCAUUACAUUAAUUAUAAAGGUAUGAUGAGGCUUAUAUUGAAUAUACUAUUGCACUAAAAUUAAAUCCUUUAGAUGCACAUAUUCUUAUUAAUUAAGGUAAAUACAAUAAUUUUAUUGCUCAGGAAUUACUUUAAUUUCAUAAGAAAAAAUUACAGAAGCCAUAUGUUAGCUUGAUUAAGCUAUUUUAUUGAAUCCAAAUAUGGAAGUGGCAUAUUAAUGGAAAGGUAUAAAUAUUAUUUUCUUAGUAUAUUCAUUAAAAAAUAACAAUUUAUUUAAGAAAGCCAUCUAAACUCACCGAUAAGCAUAAUAUUUAGUAUAAAAUUAGGAUGAUUAAUAAUAACAAAACUUUUUGUCUUUGAAAAAUUAGCGUUGA